AUGCCCACCUUUUCAGACUACACGAACUACGGCGGAGGAGGAGCGGGACACAGCGCAACUGGCGCCGGCAUCGCUGAUGGUGCCGGUGCAGGCAAUGGUUACGAAGCUCCAUCGACCGAUGACCUGCCAACUCCGGGUGAGAGGGGAUUUCGGCGGAAAUGGCUAGCUGCAAAAGCCGGCAGUGUAUACCGCGCCGGAGCCACCGCCGUCAAUGAGAUAAGAGAAGGAUAUGCGCAGACGCGGAUACGGCCUUUAGAGCCGGAGGAUGGCAUGCCCCGGACGACGAUCCCCGGGUCGUUCCCCAACGUCGCCAUCACCGUCCAAGGAGACGACCAAAUGGUCAUCUUUCCGUCAUAUGCGAAGCGGCACGUUAAGCGAGACUGGACUGCGGAGUACCAGCAACACUCUGAAGAGCAGCCCGGUAGUGCCAGGGACCAAGAGUUCUGGAGGAAAGAAUGGGAGCGUAAUGAGGAUGAGAAGGCUAUCGUGGACAUCGACGUCAGGGGCUGGGUGUACUCGCCGCACAAGGGCCCGAUAACACGGCGAAACCGCAUUCUCAUCGGUCUUGCGCGCCAGUUGAGUGGCAUCCCGGCCCCAAGACAAGACGCCCCUGCGCCCGCCGACAACCUGUCCGCCUUGCACCAAUCCCAUGAGGAGCGGCGGGAACAGGAGAAGAUCGCCAAGGAAGCCGCGGAAAUCGAGAAGAGGGGUCGAGAGGAACGGCGUGUGGCGACCCGGGGCGGAUUCAGUGAGGCACCGAAGGAUGCAUCCGACGAUGACGCGGAUAGCAUAUACCGAGCGAGAUCAAUAUCGCGAAGCGGCGCCCACACGCCCAUGAAUGCCCCUGGAUCCCCGAAACUGGCACCAUCUAGGCAGAACACGACGGGCACCGAUCUAACAGACGCCGAACUCUCUGUCGCAAAUGCCAACCUCAUGGCAAGAAUAGCACCCUUCAUGACAACGCCUCUAGUUCAGCUGCCCAUCACCGUCUUCUUCUAUAAUGAUGAAAAGUCGGCCUCACGGACAGUGCAGACAAACGACGCCGGUCACUUCAUAUUGCGUGCCGCUCUGGAGUUCGUUCCCACCCACGUCCGCAUUCUCGCCAACGAGAACCUGUCUGCAACUCAGGAGGUCAAGAUCAUCGAGCCGAAGGGCGUCAGUCUGAUCAGUGACAUCGACGACACUAUCAAGCGGUCCAACAUCUCGAGCGGUGCCAAGGAAAUCUUCCGCAACACAUUUGUGCGGGAACUGAAGGAUCUGACGGUGGAGGGCGUUCGAGAGUGGUACAACGAGCUACACAAAAUGGGCGUGAGUAUGCACUACUGCUCAAACAGUCCAUGGCAGCUGUUCCCCGUGCUCGCAAGUUAUUUCAUGAUCGCGGGUCUCCCCCCUGGUUCGCUCCAUCUGAAGCAGUACAGCGGCAUGCUUCAGGGGAUUUUCGAACCGGUGGCGGAAAGAAAGAAGAGUACCCUUACCAGGCUCAUGCACGACUUUCCAGAACGCCGGUUUCUACUAGUAGGCGACAGUGGUGAAGCUGAUUUGGAGGUCUAUACCGAGCUGGUGGAGGCACAUCCAGGACGCAUCAUUGCCAUCUUUAUCCGCGACGUCACGACACCUGAGCAGGCGGGCUAUUUUGACAAUUCAUUCGAAGGUGGCAGUUCACGUCAGAAAGCCCCUACUUUGAAGAUCACAGAUCAGAGCGAUACGCCAUCGAGUCGACCAGGAUUGCCGCCGCGGGGUGAGGCCAAGACUGUUGGACCAGUCAUGGGCGACCUGAUCGACUUUUCGGAUGAACCCGAGGAGAUCACGCUCAGCGAUACAGCUGCCCUAGCUCAGGUCAAGGCGAGGCCAAAGCCGCACUCUAGCUCCACCGAUCUCGUCGUCGGUCGCAAACCUGCUCCGCCUCGACCAAACAAGCCAGUGGCCCUUCGUAGCACACCAUCGGAUACGAGCGCGAAUACAUUUGGCGUCAAUGGCGGGGCCGCACCCCCUCCUGUUCCGAGAUCUCGAAAGCCAUCCGCCGACCGCGCAGGCCCUCAUCCACUAUCUCAAAUGCAUAACUCCUCUCAGCAAACCGUGGCUAGCAGCAGGAGUCUGCCGAACACUGCCAGGAUACCUGCAGCUGCGAAUGGGACAGCCAAAGUCCCACCGCCCCCUCCACCGCCUCGGCGUCGAGAAGCCCCUUCCGGCCCCCGGAGCCUUAGUCCGCGGGGCAACACCAACGGCCGCAGGUUGUCGAGCAAUAGCGAUAUCGACUUUGAUGCACUGCCGCCCUCCGCGGCCUCCCAGACGCAGGCUACCCUUCCCACCUUUACGAGGACUAGGACGGGCAGUCUGAGGUCGGGCUCUACCUCGCCGACAGGUAGUCCGAGUCUCGGACCCGCAGCUACGGCAGCGGCGGCGGCACCGCCAAACAGAAAGCACGAGCUGUGGAUGCGCCGGCUCCAGCGAGCGCAGGAGAUCCUAGAGUCGCACGGGGUGGCCUUGUACAUCUGGCGACGAGGCGACGACGUCGUGGCCGAGGCCGUCGGGCUUGUCAGGGAGGAGCUGAAAAAGGUUGGUCUGAAUGGGGAAAAGGACGCGAAGACGGAAGCGAAGAGGUUCGAAAGGCAGAUCAGGAGGGAGCAGUCGCAGCAGCAUCAGCAGCAACAAAGGCCGCCGCAACAGCAGCAGGGGUCAUACCAGCAGAGGCGGUAA